AGGCUCAUGUCGGGGUUUCAUUUUCUCCGGCUGAUUCACGAAAAAUUACACAAUUCCUCUGCCUAGGCUAUUGGGCGGAAUCUCCGGCAGCUUGACACGGACAGUGUGGCGUUUGCUGAAAUCAUAGGCGUGGUUUUGGAUGGAGAAGAUCCGUCUGCUCCCGCUGGGAGCCCCACCUGCCGUCACACCGCGUUUGUCACCGCGCCAGCUGGUAGGCUAUUUUCCUGUGCUCGAGCCACUACACCGCGAAUUUGAUUAGACUUUUGUUUUUGUCACAGGGGAUAUUGGUUUUUCUUCCGGGGGUGUAGCAUAGGUUAAUUACAGCGCUGUGGACGUACGUGGCGCCCGGCUUAAUCACCUCCAGAGCGGCGGCGGCGGCGCACGGCGCACGGCACUUUGCGGAGAUAAACAGGAGCGGGCAGCGCGUCGCUUGGCCUCCAGGCAGCAGCAGAAACAGCAGUGGAAAAGGAAACGUAGCCGAGACCCUGGUUCAUGUGCAGGGCUGUUCGACGCGCAGGUCGUGCCCGCAGCCGUUCGCAAGGAUGGAAAAUACACGCAAGACGCCCAAAAGAUCGCCCUGGCUCGGCUUACUUUUAGUGGCGUCUGUUUUACUUGUAGUGGACAGCAAGAAACCCAGGCAGCCUCGCUGUCCCCCAUCAUGUACAUGUACCAAAGAUAACGCGCUGUGCGAAAGCGCAGGACUGAUCCCUCGCAGCUUUCCCCCCGAUGUCAUAUCACUAUCAUUCGUCAAGUCUGAAUUCACUGAAAUCCCGAAAGAGAUCUUCAUCCACACGCCUGCCCUGCAUCUCCUUCUCUUCACAGCCAACAACCUGGAAUCUAUAAACGAGGAUGCUUUCCUUGGUCUUCCUCAUCUGGAGUAUCUGUUCAUCGAAAACAACCAAAUCAAGUCGAUUUCACCAAAUGCUUUCCGUGGACUGAAAACCUUAGUGCACCUGAGUCUGGCCUACAAUAAUCUGGAGACUCUGCCCAAAGACUUGUUCAAGGGCCUUGAGGCCUUGACGAAAGUAGACCUGCGAGGGAACCAGUUCACCUGUGACUGUAAACUGAAGUGGUUGGUGGAGUGGAUAUACAGCACCAACGCCACAGUGGAUCAGAUUUACUGUAAAGGCCCGGCCUCACAGCUGGACAAGAAGAUCAACGAUCUAGCGCCACAGUCCUUCGACUGUAUCACCACAGAGUUUGCUUCCUACCAGUCCCUGAAGUUUGAAUCCAUAUCAGCGGAGUCAUUUUCCUUUGAGAGUGACCAGUAUGUGGUGUUUGCCCAGCCUUUCAUUGGGAAAUGCAGCUUUCUAGAGUGGGAUCAUGUGGAGAUGGUCUUCAGAAACUUUGACGAUAUUGACAGCACAUCCACGGUGAUUUGCAAACCUCUGGUCAUCGACAACCAGCUCUUUAUCAUUGUGGCUCAGCUGUUUGGUGGCUCGCACAUCUAUAAGCGUGACACCUCUGCAAACAAAUUCAUCAAGCUCCAAGGCAUUGACAUCCUCAAAAUCCGAAAACCAAACGAUGUGGAGACGUUUCGCAUCGACGGAGAAUCCUUCUUCAUCAUAGCCGACAGCUCCAAGGCCGGUUCCACCACCAUCUACAAGUGGAAUGGUAAUGGCUUCUACUCUCACCAAUCGCUCCACCCGUGGUACCGGGAUACCGAUGUGGAGUACAUGGAGAUCUCCUCCAAACCUCACCUGAUACUCUCCAGCAGCUCCCAGAGGCCGGUCAUUUACCAGUGGAACAAAGGCACCAAGCUGUUUGACAGACGCACAGACAUCCCCGAGAUGGAGGACGUCUAUGCUGUGAAGCAUUUUCAGGUCAAAUCAGACCUCUUCAUCUGUCUGACACGCUUCAUUGGCGACUCCAAAGUGAUGCGCUGGGACGGGGCCCUCUUCAGAGAAUUGCAGACCAUGCCCUCGCGUGGCUCCAUGGUGUUCCAGCCCUUCUCUAUGGGCAGCUGGCAGUAUGCCAUCCUGGGCAGCGAUUACUCUUUCACUCAGGUGUACCGCUGGGAUGCCAAGAAGGGCGAGUUUGUCCAUUUCCAGGAGGUGAACAUCCAGGCGCCAAGGGCCUUCUCUCCAGUCUCCAUAGACAACCGGCAAUUCCUGCUGGCCUCAAGCUUCAAAGGGAAAACUCAGAUAUAUGAGCACCUGGUCAUUGAUCUGAGCAACUAAGCGAUGGUUUUGACUGGUUGGCUGGUUAUUUGGGUGGUUUCUGUGUUAAGAGAUUGCAGCAGAUCCACUGCUGAACAACACUGAAAAGGAUUAUCAGUCGAUCCUAACUUGAGCAAGGCAGGCAUUGCCCGUUUCUUUUGUUAAAAUCUCCCAUUGAAAUCAGUGCAUGACAGUGCAAGAUAAAUGCAUGCAUCUCAACCAAAUACAUUUGGCUGAGAUGCAUUUCGAGGUCAAUGCAUGCCUCUCAAGUUAGGAUUAGUCCCAAUAUGUUGUCAAGACAUGCAUGACCAUGGCCUUACACAGGUCGUCUCAUACUGAUGAAUGCAGCAUCCAUGCUCAUUAAUCCAUUAAAUCUUGCGAGGUUAUUUUAAUUUUUUUGUUCAGCUUUUCAUGUGACUCUGCGAUGUUUAUACAUUUGUAAUCUCAUAUUUAUCUACAGAAAGUAAUACUGAAAUGGUACUUUUUAACCUGUUAACGUGUUUAACUGAACAAAUCUGCCAAAACGAAAUGUUUACAAAUUUUUCUGUCUUUCCACUUGUAUGCUAAAAAAAGAUUUGUAAAUGAAGCUUUUGUAAGUUUAAGAGGGACCACAACAGUUACAUGCAUAUUUGUUUAUAAUUUGGAAAAUAUCAACAGAAAUCUUGCGUGAGACUCUACCUGUAAAUCCUUACUUACAUUUUUAGCAUUACUGGUUUAUAAUGUUUUAAGAAGUAUUGAAAUCACAGUUUUUCAUAUCAAGUAUUGAAAACCUUUUGGGCAGACUUGGAACUAUUUUCACACACUUUAAAGGAACUGAAAUGGAAAACUGAGGAUAUUGUUCAUAAUGCUUUACCUUUGACUAACAUGUCUGCAAAACGUCAAUUGUGUCAUGAUUAGGAUUACAUUACUGACUAAUUUCAUGCUAUUUAGAGUCAAUAAAGGUUUACAUUAAUAGCU